AGCCAUUUUUCAGUUUCGUUCAGAUGCCAAAUAAUGUCGUUAAACGUCCUGGAGUCGGGGUCGGGGUGCUGGUAACGGACUCUGCUCACCCAGGCUGUGUACUCUUGGGCAAACGGAAGAGUGCGGUGGGAAAAGGGACAUACCAGCUCCCAGGAGGUCACCUGGAGUUCGGGGAGACUUGGGAGGAAUGUGCCCACAGAGAGGUGCUGGAAGAAGCUGGGGUGGGUUUGGUGAACACCCACUUUGCAUCAGUAGUUAACGCCAUCAAGCUGGAGGAACAGUACCAUUAUGUUACCAUAUUCAUGCAAGGAGAGUUGGACAGGCAGUCAGGAGAGCCACAAAACCUGGAACCAGACAAAAAUGAAGGCUGGACGUGGACACGCUGGGAUGAUUUUCCUCCAGAGCAGCAGCUCUUCAUGCCACUGGCCCGCUUGAGGCAACAAGGCUUUCAACCAUUCAGGAACAAAGACAGUUGACCCUGAAACUUCCAGUUAUAUUAUGAAAAACUGUUAAUCCACAAGGAUAAUACAGGAACACUGUUUAAAAACUGC